UUGGUAGAGCAAUUCAGUUGCAUUCAAGCAAUGCACAGGGAAAGAUGUAUUCAAAAUACUUUGCCCUAAUUCUAGUCAUUGUUACGCAUUUCUUGCAUGGGGUCUCGACCAGCCGUCGUUUCAAACGUCAACAGUUUAGAUCAGUGCCAUCAUGUACCGUAUCGCACCAAGAAGUAGAGGAGCUGAUCCGCAUCACCACGGAUUUGAACAGUGCCGUCGAAAGUGUUAGCCUAGAUAUACGUUCAGGAUUCGAUGAGGAAGCAGCUAACCGUGACCGGUGCUCCAAACAGUUGGGACAGUUCAGAGACACAGUGAUGAGCAUCAUUCAGAGUUAUAAAUCCAUUGAUCGGAGCAAAAUGAGUCAAGCUCAGUACGAUCGAGCUAAAGCGCGAUACCAGGGGGACAUUCAACGUUUACUGAGAAGAGUGGAUAACUUGAAACGUGAUGUCGAGGAAAAAUACAAAGGUGAAAUGGAAAGACUACGUACCAACAUGCAGAAUUUUAAAUCCCAAGUCGAUGACUAUUUAGAUCAGUUGGAACAGGAACGCGUCAAGAUUAGAUCAUGUUCAGUGCGAUUGGUUAUUGCAAAUGUGCGAGCCAGACGGAUGAAAGAUGCUGUCAACGAGUUCGUAACUCUGAGUGACCGUCCGUACAAUCCAAUAGUGACGGAUAUUUAUGAAGAUGAACCACAAAACACUGAACUGGUGAUGGAUUUUUUGGAAGCCAUCGAUUUGCAUGACGAACCCGUUGUCGGAUACGAAGUUCUUUAUCCGCUGAUAAAGCGAAAUAACCAACUCGGUGGAACCAGUGGUCGACGGUUUUUGCUGGCUUUGAUGGCAAUGAUAAACGCAGACGACGAGAACACACGUCGAGCGCAGCAAUUGUUGAGGACAUUCAAAUCUGAAGUGCACUAAACAAAUGAAAUAAUAAAAUGACACGGACAUCGUUAUAAAUGAAGCAUGAUAGACCGUUCAUAAAUAACACAGCAUUUUUUGUAUAUUUUGCAAACCCCUCUCCUACGGUAGCCGAUACUACCAUACCAAGUGCUACAAAUUUCCUCUAAAAUGCAACAUUUUCUACACAUAAAUUCAAAAAAAGUAAUUCAAUAAAGGAUGUUCAACCCAUUAGCUAAACAUAAUAAAAAUUCA